ACGAUUGUAAUUUAAAAUGCAAAGUUGAUUGCAUAAAUUUCAGUAAGCCAAACAUAUGAAGAAUAUUCCCAAUGAGAAGUGAGUCAGCAAAAUCCCAAAGAAAAAGUUCAAUUUUGUCAUUACACACGAAACUGAUAAAACCCACCGGACCGGAGAAAGUGAAUAAAGUCGCCGGUUUUGUAUACCGUUUUGACUGAUUUAAAACUCUCCGGCGACUUAACCAAUGAAGGUAGAAAUGAGUUUGGUUUCAGGCAUCUCACUCUCUCACUACCUCGAAAAUGGUGAGAGAGAGAGAGAGAGAGAGUACAAGGUGCAGUAAAGGAGAAAGAAGCAAGAGAAUUUAAAACCCAUAAACCUCUCUCUCUUCGCCUCCUGUCAAACGCCAUUAAAACCCCCACCCCAUCAGUAUCAGUUACGCGAUUUCUCUAGAGAGACAGGUAAGGAGAGAGAGAAGUGAAAGGAGAGAUUUUGGAAUCUGUAAUGAAUGUAAAAGGAGCAAAAUGUGGAAGAGAAGAAAAGAAAGCACUAAUGGCGGCAAGAUACAAACAUUUGAGUGAAGAUGGAGUUUCUUGGGGACAGCUCUGAAACGGACAAGAAGAAGAUGAAGAAGAGAUUUCACCGCCACACACCUCACCAGAUCCAUCGCCUUGAAUCGAGUUUCAAUGAGUGUCAACAUCCAGAUGAGAAACAGAGGUUGCAACUUAGCAAAGAACUUGGUUUAUCUCCAAGACAGAUCAAGUUUUGGUUUCAGAACCGAAGAACUCAAAAGAAGGCACAACACGAGAGAGCUGAUAACUGUGCACUCAAGGAAGAGAAUGAUAGAAUUCGUUGCGAGAACAUUGCCAUCAGAGAAGCUAUCAAACACGCCAUUUGCCUUAACUGUGGUGAUGCUCCUCUUCAUGAAGACUCUUACUUUGAUGAACAGAAGCUUCGAAUCGAAAAUGCACACCUUAGAGAAGAGCUCGAAAAGGUUUCAAGCAUUGCAGCUCAGUUCAUGGGGAGACCACUUUCGCAUCUCCCACCACUACUAAACCCGAUGCACGUUUCGCCGUUAGAGUUAUUCCACAGUGGUCCUUCCCUUGAUUUUGAUCUUCUUACAGGAAGUAGUAGCUCUUCAAUGACCGUUACUACUUUACCGUCUCAACCGAACUUGGUUUUAUCAGACAUGGAUAAGUCUCUUAUGACCAACAUCUCUGUGACCGCUAUGGAAGAGUUGCUUAGGCUUACACAGACAAAUGAGGCUCUGUGGAUCAAAACCAGUGGAUGCAGAGACGUUCUCAAUCUCCAAAGAUAUGAGAAUAUGUUCCCAAGAUCAAGUGGUCGUGGAGGAAAGAACCACAACGUUAGAAAAGAAGCAACUAGAUCUUCUGGCGUUGUUUUCACUAAUGCUAUCACACUUGUGAACAUGCUCAUGGACUCUGUCAAAUCUUCAGAGCUUUUUUCUUCAGUGGUUGCGUCCUCUAAAACACUUGCGGUGGUUUCAUCUGGCGUGCGCGGUUCCCAUGGAGAUGCAUUGCAUUUGAUGCUUGAAGAGCUUCAAGUCCUUUCUCCAUUGGUACAGACACGUGAGUUCAGCGUGUUACGAUAUUGUCAGCAAAUCGAACAUGGAACUUGGGCGAUUUUAAAUGUCUCCUAUGAGCUCCCUCAGUUUAUACCUCACUCUCGGUCAUAUCGUUUCCCUUCUGGUUGCUUGAUUCAAGACUUGUCAAAUGGAUAUUCCAAGGUUACUUGGGUUGAACAUGUUGAAGUCGAGGAGCAAGAACCUAUUCAUGAGAUGUUUAAAGACAAUAUCCGUGAAGGGAUAGCUUUUGGAGCUGAACGUUGGAUCGCUACUCUUCAAAGAAUGUCUGAGAGAUUCAAGGCUCUGCUUGAACCCGCAACAUCAUCACGUGAUCUCAAAGGAGUGGUUCCAACGCCGGAAGGGAAGCAAAGUAUAAUGAGACUUGCUCAAAGAAUGGUAAGCAACUUUUGUUUGAGCGUUGGCACAUCUAACAGCACUCGGUCAACUGUUGUCUCGGGAUUGGAUGCAUUUGGAAUCCGUGUGACUUCUUAUAAGAGUCAGCAUGAACCAAAUGGAAUGGUUCUAUGUGCAGCCACCAGUUUCUGGCUCCCAGUUUCUCCACAAAACGUCUUUAAUUUCCUCAAAGAUGAAAGAACUCGUCCUCAGUGGGACGUUCUUUUGAAUGGAAGUGCGGUUCAAGAAGUUGCUCAUAUCGCAAACGGAUCACACCCUGGAAACUGCAUUUCGGUUCUGCGUGGCUUCAAUGCAUCAUCAUCACAAAACAACAUGCUGAUUCUACAAGAAAGCUGCGUAGACUCAUCGGGGUCCCUUGUGGUCUACACUCCAGUGGAUCUCUCAGCACUGAACAUGGCAAUGACUGGUCAAGACACUUCUUAUAUUCCUAUUUUACCCUCGGGUUUCGCUGUUUUACCCGAGGGAGGCAGGAAUAAUCAAACCGCAGAGAUUAAAGCUGAAGGAGGAGGAGAAGGGGGAGGUUCAUUGAUAACAGUUGGGUUUCAGAUAAUGGUGAGUAGUUUGCAGUCAGGGAAAUUGAAUAUGGAGUCAAUGGAAACAGUUAAUAACCUCAUCAGUACUACUGUCCACCAAAUUAAAACCACCUUGAAUUCUCCUUCAACUGCUUAAUUGAGGACGCCAUUAAUAGCUCAUUUUCCCAUCUGAUUUCUGAGGAGGGUCUUCAAUGAUGAUCACAGAAGUGAAGUUAAUAAGUAGUACUACUUAUUUUGCCUUUAAUUCCAGCUAAGUGUGUAAGAAGUCAUUACUCUUCUGGGUAUUUGUCUCCUCUCUUCACUCUCUUGUUGAGUUUUUUUUUUUUUGUUGGGGGGUUUUUGUUUUCCUGAAGUUUUUGUGUGUCUGAAAUGGGAAGAUCUAGUGGGAAGUAGGAGUCAAGAGCGCACCAUGCUCUAGUUGUAUGGUUCGGGCAUUGACUUCAGUUUGUUUUCUUUUGUCUAGUUACAGUUGUUAAGUUACUUUGGUCAUGGCUAAAUUAAUUCAAUAUGUUAUCUAAUAUCCAUCAUCAUUAAUCUAUUUCUUACUACUUAUUCAUGA